AUGUCGACACAGCCAACACUGGCGAGGACGCCCCUGUCCUCAUGGCCUGCCGCUCAGAAAAAGGGAACUUUGAUUCCCAUGGUCAUGUCUGCUAUCAUGCUCCUCCUUCUAGUUCUUGCAAACAUGUCGUAUCUCUUCGGAUCGAGUUUCGACCAAGCAAAACGCUCCCACAACAUCAAGAUCCUCGCCGUCGAUUACGACCAAGGCGCCAUCGGUGCCGCCGUCUCACGAGCAUCCCAAAGUCUCCAAGCCGCCACUUUCCCCACGAUCGAGUUCGGCUCCGUCUCAGAGUAUUCAACACCGUCGUCGGUCAGAAAUGCAGUUUGCAAGGGUGACUAUUGGGGCGCGAUAUAUGUCUCCUCGGGCGCAUCUGCAAAACUAGCCAGCGCCAUCAAUGGUACAUCUACUGGAUACAACGCAGCCGAGUCGAUCACCUACACAUACAACCAGGCCAGAUAUCCCGCGCAAGCAGACUCGAUCAUUAUGUCGAACAUCCAAAAGGUUGUCGGAGCUGCGCGUGGAUUCUACUACCAGACUCCCAAUGGAACCGCCGCCUUUGCCUCUCUCAACGCGAGCAACCCGGCCGCCAUCGCCGCCUACCUGAAUCCCAUUCAGUCCACGCCAGACUUGAUCCAGCCUACUACGCAAGGACCUCGAGUCUUCUUCAAUACUGUCAACAUCAUCAUCCCAACCCUGGCCCAGUUCUUCUACAUCCUCGCGCUCAACGGCAUCGGUCUCAACUCCGGCUUCCUCGCCAAGGCUCGCGUCCGCGACGUAUGGCUCCUCCGCUUCGGCAUCGGCAAGAUCUACGGCUUCCUCACGGCGCUGACUGUCACGGGCUACCUCUGGGCCUUCCGUGAGACGUGGGAUGUCCACAGCUUCGAGUUUGGCAAGACUCUUCUCGUCUUCUGGCUCUACAUGGAUGUCCAGUGGCAAGUCCUCGAGGGCUUCGUCGGAUCCUUCGUGCCAAUGCAGUUCAUGCCAUUCUUCGUGCUCACAUGGAUCAUCACCAACAUUUCCAGCACCGUCGCCCCGUUCGAGCUCAUGCCGGGAUUCUACAAGAUCGGAUACGCGCUGCCAGCUCACGAGGCAUACUCGAUGAUGGUGUUAGCCUGGUCUGGUUGUGCCGAUCAGACCCGCGUCGCGCUACCAGUUCUCUUCGCCUGGCUGGUGGCUGGCCAUGUACUGGUCGUCUUCUCCAUCCGGAAGCGAUGUGCCGACGCUGGCAAGAUUGCUGCUGCUGCCGCUGCCAGAACUCAGGAUGACGGGGUACCCAUGCCUCCACGUUCGGCCAGCACAGAGCUAACCCUGCGAUCUGAUGAGGAGCAGAUCAGGAAUGAGAAGUGA